ACCUGUCUUACCUGCCUUUCCCUUUCUUUCCUAUGGUCUUCCUCUCUCUAAUCUUCGUUUCUUCUUCAAUGCCUUCUGAGCUUAAGAAAUGUUGGGCAUUAUUUGUUCAAAUAUUGCUGCUUUCUAACCUACAACUCUGCGCUCAUGGAGAACCAGAAGUCCCCUGUUACUUCAUUUUUGGUGACUCAUUGUCUGAUGGUGGCAAUAACAACGGCCUUGUGUCUUUGGCAAAAGCCAAUUACCCACCAAAUGGAAUAGACUUUCCCAGUGGCCCUACUGGAAGGUUUUGCAACGGACGAACCAUUGUGGAUGUUACUGCUGAUCUUCUUCAGUUGGAGAAUUACAUCCCACCAUUUGCAACUGCUAGUGAUCAACAAAUACUGCAAGGCGUGAAUUAUGCGUCGGGUUCCGCUGGGAUUCGUGAUGAAACUGCAGUUUUCCUUGGUGAACGGAUCGUUAUGAAUCAGCAGCUGCAAAAUUUCCAAACUACGCUCUCGCAAAUCACUGGCAUGCAAGGAAAUAAUGAGACAGCUGCUAUGAAUUUCCUAAGCAAGUGCCUAUUCACAAUUGGAAUCGGCAGCAACGAUAUUGGAGUCAACUACUAUGGGCCAUUGCCUUUAUCAAGUAUCGAAUAUACUCCUGAUCAAUUUACUGCAUUACUAAUUGAUCAAUAUUCUCAGCAACUGAGAAUAUUGUACCAAAAUGGAGCGCGAAAGCUAGCCCUCUUUGGAGUGUCACAAAUAGGUUGCACCCCGGCUUUAGUGGCAUGGUACGGUGCAAGUCCUGGCUCUACAUGUGUGGAUUACAUAAAUGAUAUGGCCCAACUCUUCAAUAACAGGCUUAUGUUACUGGUGGAUAACCUCAAUAACGAUCUCACCGACGCGAAAUUUACCUAUAUAAACAUUUUUGAAAUUCAAUCAUCAUUGGAUCUUGCAGCCCUUGGUUUUAGGGUUACAGACGAUGUGUGUUGUGGUACGAGUCUUACAGGUUGCAUUCCUUUCACAACUCCAUGCGAGAACAGAAGCGAGUAUGUGUACUGGGAUUUCGCCCACCCAAGUGAGGCUACCAAUGUGAUCUUUGCUGGAAGAGCAUACAGCGCACAGACCCCUUCCGAUGCUCACCCCAUUGAUAUCCACACCCUAGCCCAGCUCUGAUGAUGGAGAUGAAAGCUAUGGAGGCACAUGGGAAGUGAAGGCAUAUAUACAAUAAUGGUUGCGGAUAGUACCAUCCAUCGAUCUGUAGUUUUCUUUGUGGCUGCAAUACUAGAUAUACUAUGAACAUGUAACCCUCCUAAAUAAAUAAGGCAUCUUGUAUCCCAUUUAAUCCAUUUAAUAAUUAUGUCAUAUUUAAUAGUCAA